AUGACGGUGACGAGCGAAGGAAGGGGCGUCUGGCUGGCUAUCCUGGGGGCUCUGCUCGCUGGGGUCGGUGCCCAGCAGAACCUUUGCUGGAUAAACAAUGCAGGAGCUCAGUAUGUGACAGAAAUUAUGGAGAACAACAAAAUUGGGGACGCCGUGGUGAACAUCUCUGUGGCGGACAGCAACGUGGCACUCAGCUUGGAAGGAGCAAACGCUAACAUGUUCAGAAUCGAUGGGGAGAGCCUGCGUGUCAAUGUUAUACUGGAUGCCGAGACCAUGGAUCCUGUUUUUAGCGUGACUGUAAUCUGCAGACGCCAGCCUGACACGAAUCAGCUGAAUGUCAUUGUAGUCAUUGUAAACGAGAAUGACAAUGCGCCGAUGUUCAGCCAAAGCGAGUACUUCCUGAGCGUCAGCGAGCUGACGCCAGUGGGCACCUCCGUGGAACGCAUUCAAGCCACCGAUGCUGACAAAGAAGCCCUCUUUUACUCCCUCGACGGGAACACCAAUGGAUCUGAAUUCUUCCGACUGGCCUCCUCGAACAGCCCAAGCAUCCUGGUGGCGAAACUGUUGGACUUUGAUGAAGGGGAGCGGCUGGAGCUCAUCAUGUCAGCCAGUGAUGGCCGGUUCGUGGCAAAUGCGUCUGUUCACAUCACCGUUGUGGACAUCGAUAAUCGGCCACCUUGGUUCCUGCCUUGCGACAUCCGCCCGGGAGCGAACAACGCCAAGAUCUGCCUGAGUGCGGGAUACACUGGAACGGUGAACUUAACCGAGAAAGAGGACAGACCCUUGCAUUUCCUGCCCGGACCCGUGUAUGCAGUGGACGGUGACAAAGGCCUCGGUGUCCCCAUAAAUUACGAGCUUGUCGGAGAAAGCCGAAGGUCUGAAGUAAGAAUAUCAGCCGUAAAAACUCCAAAGGAGUGGCAGGAGGUCAGUCGGAGCUUCGGCGAAUGUCUUAAUACGAGACAAAGGUCAACGAGACAAAGACCAGCGGUGUCUGCCCACUUCACGAAUAGCCCCAUAUGUGAGGACGAGGUGACGGGUGAGGGACGGAGGGGACCAAUAGGUAAGGCGCAAAAUCACGGAGGUCCAAACUGGGAUGAACAUUUAGGGACUCUGGAAGAGAGCGCGGUGACCCCAAAACAGCUGCUCAAGGAUGACGAUGACGUGUUCUUCAGUGGCAGUUGA